CGCACAACGUCUGCCGAGAUGGCUCGCUUUCUUCUCCUGGUUUCUUUGCUGGGCGUGUCCUCGGCCUUCAAGUUCGAACCGGUCUACGAUUGGGAGCCGUUCGAUUACAAUUGGCCCUCUGAAGAGAUCAAAAACAAGACCCUGAAUGGAAGCAGGUUUGACCUUCGGCAAAUCGAGCCCUGGUACCUCGCAGUCUAUGAAGAUAGGAUGUUCCUGAGCCUCUCUCGAUUCAAUUCCGAGGUUCCUGCGAUCCUGGUCUGGCUGCCAAUCUCCCAACAAAGCACCAGCCCCAAACUGACCCCCUUUACCUCCCUGGAACUGCAGGAAUUUGGCAACAAAAAAGCGAUGCAGGACGUGCGAGGCGUGGAGGUGGACAGCACGGGCCGGCUCUGGGCAGUGGACAACGGCAAUUACGAGGAGUUCCCUGGGAAGCUGUGGAUUUUCGACCUGAGAAACAACGACACUGUCAUCCUGGUUCAUUCGUUCCCCUCUCAGGUCGUGGACGUGCCCAGGGAGCUGAACGCCGUGGCGCUGGACCAGACGUCUGACGACUGGUUCGCCUACGUGUCUGACCUUCGCUCGCUGCACCUGAUCGUCUUCAGCCUGGCCAGGAACGCCUCCUGGAGCGUUGACAUUGGUCAAAAUCGCGCCAGUGGCCUCGCGAUUUCCCCUUGUCCUGACAGGUCUCGCCUCUUCGUCGCUGAGGCUGACGAUGAACAGAUGCUUGGCGUCGCCCUGACGGAACUCAGGGCAGGAAACAGGAACCUGAGCGUCUCGCUGCUCGGACGCAGGGAAUCUCGUACCUCGAAGAUGGCCAUGAACCGGAAGGGAGUUUUGUACUCGGAAUUUAUGAAUAAUCGAUCCCUCAACACCUGGAACACAAAGCAGCCCUUCAAGGAGGAAUCAUUCUAUCUGGGUGACAGCCUGUUGGAUUACUACCGGCCGAUAGUCUUCAACUUUGACCAGGCCGAUAACCUCUGGCUUCUGACCGCGAAUAAAAUUUCACCGAGGUUCCGACUGUUCAAGGCCGCCCCGGUUGACAACGCACGAUGCUGAAACAGCUUAAAUAAAACCCAGCGGAGAUUUUUUGUGGCUUUUUAGGCACUCCAAUAAACAAAAUGAUAUGAUAAA